CCCGCGAGUCUUAUCUCGCAAUAGCUAUUUGAGAAGAUUGCAAAUUGUCAAUGUGUUUCGUUGACGUUCAGAUAACACUGUGCUGUUUCUUAGCCCCCUAAGUGAUUUGGCUAAUUCGAUGCGUUAUCUGCUUGAGCCAAUUCAAGUUCGUUUAAGGUCGUUACUCACGUCUGUUUCCAACAAUCUGACCCAGAGACGGUUCUACAACGGCGCGGCGAAACAGCCGGGAGCCUGCGGCAUGCCGAGGAAAACGAAAGUUGUGAUCGUCGGAGCGGGCGCAGCUGGCAUCGCGGCCGCCUCGAGGCUGUCGCAGAGAGGAGUCGACGACUUUGUGAUACUGGAGGCCGGCGACAGGAUCGGCGGCAGGGUGUACACCACGGACUUCGGUGAAAAUGUGGUGGACCUCGGAGCUCAGUGGGUUCACGGACAGUCCGACAACGUGGUGUACGAGCUGGCCUCCAAAUACAACCUGCUGGAUUCAUUCGCGGUUCUGCUUGACCCCAGCAAACAUGAAUUUGUCACCGUUAAUGGCGAAGUGAUACCCGAAGAGGAAAGCAGCACGGCGCUGAUGAUUUAUUUUAAUAAUAUGGACAAGGUGAAACAACCAGAAUUGAAAGAGCAAAGAGGAUCUUUCGGAGACUACUUUAUAAGGGAAUAUUAUAAAGUUUUUGAUGAGAAGCCUUUCACAAAUCGUGCUCGAGUUGCUGAAUAUUUAUCUUGGAUAGAAAAGAUGGAAAAUUCUGUACAAUGCAGCGACACAUGGUUUGACGUCUCUGCAAAACGUUUGGCAGAAUAUUGGGACUGUGAAGGCGAUCUUGUGUUAAAUUGGAAAGAACGUGGUUAUAAAACAAUUUUGGAUCUGUUAAUGCAAAAAAUUCCAAACGCAGAAAAAUGCUUACCAGUAAUGGAAAAAGUAGAGUUCGGGAAAGUUGUGGCAACCAUUGAUUAUAGCUCAGGUGAAAAUGUAACGGUGAUUACCAGAGAUGGAUGCGAGUAUUCUACAUCGCAUAUAAUAUUCACUGGGUCUCUGGGUGUUCUGAAAGAGAAACAUUUUAAGAUGUUCGUACCACCCUUACCACAAAGGAAACAACGCGCGAUAGAGGGAUUAAAUAUCGGGACAGCAAACAAGGUCUUCCUCGAAUUUCCUCACAGAUGGUGGCCAGAAGAUAAAGCCAGUUUUGAUUUCAUCUGGUCAGAAGAAGAUAGAAAGGAAUUCUUGCAAAACUAUAGUCAGGAUAGGGAGUGGCUCUGUGAUGUAUUCUCAUUUUUCACUGUGGCUUAUCAACCUAAUCUUUUAUGUGCUUGGUUAGCAGGAAAAAAUGCAAGACACGUGGAAACCUUAUCAGAUAUUGACGUGGUCAGCGGAUUGCAUUUAUUGUUAAAAAAGGCAUUUGAGAAACGUUGCAAUGUUGUGAAACCAACAAGAAUAUUAAGAUCGAAAUGGUAUACCAAUGAACAUUUUCGAGGCUCGUACAGUUUUCUAAGUAUGGUUUCCGAGCAGAUGGAUGUAAAACCGAGAGAUCUGGCUGAGCCAAUUAUGAGUGGAACUAAACCUGUAAUCCUUUUCGCUGGAGAAGCUACGCACGAUCAUUAUUAUUCCACUGUGCACGGCGCCGUGGAAACUGGUUUCCGCGAAGCGGAUAGAAAAACAUUUUCCGAUUUGUCCUAUGUUACAGCCCAAGACGUGGUUGGAGGAAGAAUUCAUUCCGUUCCAUGGGACAAUGGCUGGAUAGAUUACGGGGCGCAAUUUUUGCACGGUGACAAGAGCAGGCUUGCUCAGUAUUGUCUCGGCAAUGAUUUACUAUCGAACAUUCAAGGCACGGAUGGCGAAGGGAUUUUCUUGCGGGACGACGGAACGAUAAUGAGCGAGAGCUUGGUUCGCGAAAUCGACGAUCUCGUACGAACUGUCUCGGAUGAUAUUUGUGAAUCUCAAAGGCCUUUGAAAAAGCACGAGAAUAUCGGUUCUAUCAUGAGAAGUAGAUUUGAGGAUUAUUUACGCGAAAGAGACGAUUCUCCGGUGGAGAAAAGGAUGAAGCAGGAAAUUUUCGAUUGGAAUGUACGGUUCCUCCUGGUAGAUAACUGCUGCCACUCGUUGGACGAUUUAUCGGCGGUCCUUUGGGGAAAGUUUAAGUACGUUGGCGGACCGGAACAUUUGCUCUUCAAGUCCGGGUACGGUUCCUUGACGAAUCUUCUCGUUGACAGUCUGGAUGAGCGAAAAGUGCGUUUAGCCACUCCUGUGGAGACCAUUUUUUGGCGGGACUCCGUUGAUUCUCCAAACGAUUCUCCAAUCACUGUAAAGACUUUCGAAGGGACACAAAUCCUUGCUGAUGCGGUAAUAGUCACUUGCUCGCUCGGCUAUUUAAAAGAGAACCACAGGAAGAUGUUCCAGCCGCUGUUACCGAGUCGUCUGAGCGUCGCUAUUGAGAAUCUAGGUUUCGGAACCAUCAAUAAGAUUUUUCUGGACUUUGGCGAACCUUGGUGGCAGAAAGGUGUAAACGGUUUCCAGUUGCUCUUGCCCAAGGACACCGAUCACCACUCCUUGCCGGAAUGGACCAAGGACCUUACUGGAUUUGACGUUUUGCCGAUUCACCCAGCCACUCUUAUAGUGUGGGUCGGUGGGCGAGGAGCGUGUAUCAUUGAGGAUUUGUCGGAGGAGGCGAUUGCUCAAGAUUGUAUGAACCUGUUGACACAUUAUUUGCGGUGUCGCGAUAUCCCGCCAGUGAGAAAAUGCGUUCGAACCAAGUGGAACGGGAAUAGUUACGUGAGAGGCGGUUAUAGUCACAUUACAAAGAGCUGCGAGGAGGAUGACGUCUCGCCUAGAACAUUGGCCGAGCCAGUCUGGGCGACAAUGUUGCAGACUGACACGAAGAGGAAAAAGAAUUUACCAAUCAUACUGUUUGCCGGCGAAGCUACGCAUGACGAAUUCUACUCGACGACGCACGGAGCUUACGAAACAGGACUCCAUCAAGCCGAAGUAUUUUUAAAACAUCAUGCGAAUAUUAAAUAAAUAUAUCGCUAUGUAGAUAUGUAAAUAUACUAGCGGAAUAAAACUUUUUAAUUGUUUGCGCCAUAAGACAUUUUUCUGUUUAUUACAAAGUCAUUUAAUGAUAAGAUUUUCGUACUAUUUUGUGUGCGUGUGUAUAUGCUCUAUGUUAUAAUUUAUUACAUAUAUAUUAAAUUGUUUAAUUUAUUAAAUAUCAACUGACAACUAACAGACGUCUGAUUUCCCAAAUUUAUUUAAUAACUUUUAUUUCUACCUCUAUUUUUAUCUCUUUGCACAACGC